AUGUCUGACUCCUACGGAAGCGACAGCUACGGCUCCAACCGUCGCGACAACGACGACAACUCUUACGGCUCCAGCCGCCGAGACAAUGAUAACAACGACUCUUACGGCUCAAGCGGCCGUGACAACAACGACAGCUACGGUUCCAGCCGUCGUGACAACGACAACGACAACGACAACUCCUAUGGCUCUUCUCGCCGCGACAACAACGAGAGCUCGUACGGAUCCAGCAACACUGGCGUUGGUGGAAACACCAGCUACGGCUCAUCCGACAGGGACAACAAGGACACCUUUGGCUCCAGUAACAAAGAUUCCUACGGCUCUAGCCGCAAUGACAGCGACACCUUUGGCUCCAGCAACGACAACUCUUAUGGAUCCAGCCGCAAGGACAACGACAGCUCCAACACCUAUGGCUCUGGCCUCAGCGGCGGAAACGAUAGCUACGGCUCUUCUCGUGACAACGACAACGACAACAGCUAUGGCUCUAACCGCCGUGACGAUGACAACAAUGACUCUUACGGCUCUAGCCGCAAGGAUAAUGACACCUACGGCUCCAGCAACACCGACACCUUCGGUUCAAGCAACAACGACUCCUACGGUUCCGGCCGCAAGGACAACGACUCUUACGGAACCGGAAACACAUACGGCUCCUCUAACAAUGAUUCCUACGGAUCAAGCAACACCUACGGUGAUGACAACGACAACAACAAGAAGUCAGGUGGCUUCUUGGACAAGGUCAAGGACAAGGUUGAGGAGAAGGUCAAGGGACACAAGAACCGUGACAACGAUAACGAGUACUAA